AUGCACCAGCGGCAAAAUCAGCGCGCACGCUCUGCGACGGCCGUGGCCGCUUCGUCGCAGCAGCAGCAAUCCGGCGCGGGCCGCGGGCUCCUGCCGCCGGCCUGGCCGCGCGUGGCGCUGCGGCUGGCCCUCUGCGGCGCCACAGUGGGCACGCUGCUCGAUGGCAUUCACUCCGCUGUGGCGCUCCAGGUUUACGACCUGGGCCCCUUGCGCUUGGAGACGCCGCUCGGCGCACUCGAUACGUCCCUGCUGGUGCCCCCGCUGCUGGCCACCUGGUACGCCGUGAUGGGCCUGCUCUUUAUGGCCGCCGACAGCUGGGCCGCCAACAGCGGCGACGCCGCCACCGCUGCCGCCGCACGCGCCGCGGCCUCGGGCGGCGCAGCACGUGUCGCCGCCGGCUACGCCCUGCUGGCCGCCAACCUCGAGCUCUCGGCUGUUCUAUAUUCGCGCGGCGCCGGUUACGGCCAGAUCCUGGUUGCCCUCGCGGUCACAUGGGCGGCGAGCUGGUGGCUGCUCGACCGUACGAAGCAAGGCGCCGCGCUGGCCGUGCUGUGCGCGAUGGGCGCGCCGGCGGCGGAGCUGCUGCUCAUGUCGGCGUUCGGCACGUGGCACUACUCGCGGCCAGACGUGCUGGGGAGCUUCGUGUCUUUUGUGCCUUGCUGCUACGGCGGCUAUGUGCCGCUGCUCGCGGCCUUCACUCGGUAUCUCGCACAGGAGCCAGAGGGCGGCGGCGCACCGCAAGCCGGCGGUUAG